AUGUCCAUCACCAAACUCUCCACCGAGAUCUUGCAAAAGAUCUACGACGAAUCCGAGCUGGCCGACCUCCUUGCCCUCGCUCGUACAUGUCGAAGAACCCACCGCGCCUUCCAUGGCCGACGCAUGCAUCUCCUCACCCAAGGCCUACACAAUUCUUUCUCUCCUCUCCCCUCCCUCCUCAAGCUCGUCCUCUCCAACGAGCCCGACAAAACUCGCAAACCCAUUGGCACCGAAAUCCGCAUCGAUACACUUCUCUCACGCAUAACAUCAGUUACACCCACUACAAAACUCACCCUCGAACAGAUGAAGAAGAUGAUUCACUAUGGCAAAAUCGCAGACCGCUGGACAGAACUCUACCCUCGUCUGCGGUGGAGAAUAGGCUCCGACAAUCGUCGCUUGCUACAUAGGCACGAGAAAGAAAGGUUGCGGAGAGCCAUAUACCACCACUGGACGUACACCACGCUCUUCCAUUCCCGCACCUACACGCAAUACUCGCCCUACCCGCCAUCCCCCGCCUCCUUCGACGACCCUCGCCACAGACUCCUCCGCACGUACAGCACAGUGGAGCACAUCCAGCUCUCCGAGUUCCUCGCCCAUGUAGAGCAGCUGGUGGAAUCCGACCUCUACCCCUCCAACUCCAUUGUACAGGAGCACUACCUGCACUCCCUGCCGCCCCGUGCCCUGGCUAAAAUCGCCUGGGGCGAAGGCAGUGAGUAUCGCCGACUCGUGCGCGACAUCAUGAAGCUCUCCCCAGCCGACAUUCUCCACCUCGUUGAGAAUACGACUACCAAGACGGAGCGCAUGGACUUUCUGUACGCGAAAGAAGCGUGUUUCGGGGACGUGCCUGCAACUAUGAACUACGCGCUCUCCACCGUCUCCGUGGAGCGAGCAAGGCACUUUUGGGGGUUAGAAGGCGAGGCGCUGAAGUUUGUCUUGCCGUGUCUGCAGUUCCCGUCUCUCGGACCAAACUCCCUACCACUGGACAAAGAUCUCCCGGAUGGCAGCCUAGUUUUUGGGAUUGUGGACUGUGAGGCGAGGGCGAGGUUCGAGGCUUCGAGAUUGUUGGGCGGUGUGGAAUUCGACAGCGUCCAGACCGGGGAGUGGGGUGCGUUUUGUAGGAGUAUCGGGAUCGAAGAGGUGGUGGAGCAGGAGGAGGAGGACGACGAAGAUCCUUGA